CGAAGGAAUGAUGAUCUUGAUCUGCGCGGCCAUUAACAUUAUGAAAACAGGCGACAUUGAUUCGUAGACGUGAAAUGUCUGUAUCUGUAACAGGGACAGUAGCAUUGUCAUCGGUUUGACUAGUAGUACAGAUUAUAUUUGUUAUCCGCGUGGUGUGCUGAAUGAUACCUCAACUUUCUACUUUUUGAAGCACUCCAAAACUUUGCUAUCGUAAGACUUCCACGGCGUAUCCAUGGUUGGUAGGAAACGGAUACGCGUCCUGUAUGGUCGAAACAGUACUAAUCGCAUGGCCGUCCGGUUCGAAUGUUGAAUAAGCCAAUCGGGAACCUCUCAUACCAGGGUGGUGUUUCUGAAAUGUUUGCCUCCUAUGAGGAGGAUUUUCAUCAUUCCGAGAGCGAAAUUCGCAAGUUGCUCGCCAAGGCCGGUACUUAUUGAGCUAUUUUUUGUUUUUGCAAUUUAUUCCAGUACAACAGGAACAGCAGGAGCAGAUCCCCAUGUAUCUAGCGUUAAUGGUCACCAGCAGGUCCUUGAGAGGCAAAAUAAGUACAAACGUGUGCUGCAGCACGACGUCGUAUUCUGGUUCUAACGUUAACCCAGGUCAGCGAAGCGGCGCACCUGCGGCGACCGGCAGCCAGGAUGUCCUUGCGAUCGACGAGAGAAUCCAGGCUAUUUUCAACGUGGAGCAAAAGAUGCAAGUUGCGGAACAGCAGAUAGCACAAAUGGAGCAGCUAGGAAAAUGAAAGACGCUAUCUAUCACCAUCUUCACAAAAUGAAAAUCAAGCGCAGUUUUUGCCACUGUAACGUUUUUACUUUCAGGAACAAACGCCGCGAUUCUGAUUCAUCAAGUUUUUUCUCGUCGAACAAGCUCCACGUGCUUGUAGAUAUGAUGAUGCUCCUACGUACAGUGAAAAAGAGGAUGGCGUUUUUCAUUUUCAUAGCAGGAAGUCAAGACCCUCCCGCCCGCAGCGCCGACCACUGGCGUCGUGCAGCAGCGGGUCCGUCAGUACCGCAGCCUUCUCGUUGUACGCUUGGUAAAGUCACUGCCACUUUUACACUUGCAAUUGGUGAAAAGAAAAUGCAGAAUGCGAAAGAAAUUCAACGACGAGCAUGACCGUGACCACCCGGCGUGAAGAUAUGCAUUCUUUUUGCAAUUCUAUUUAAUGUUUAGUUUUACGGUAAUUGUGGUGAUUUUCCGUGGGAUAACUUGGGUUUCGUCGGGAGUAUUCCGAGGUACGCGCCAACGUGGAUCGGGAUGCGCUACUGGCCGAGCGCCGAGGAGGUCGCGACGCCGAACUGGUAAAAAAUUCGAGGUUUCGCGAGACCGGCAACCGAAUAGCGGCCGGCACCGGGCAACUGAAGGAUGCGCAUCGCAUGGCGGUCGACACGGAGGCCACGGGGACGCAAAUCAUGAGCGAUCUGAGGCAGCAGCGCGAAGUGAUUCAGCAAAGCCGACAGCAUAUUGACAACAUCGAUCGGAAUUUGACGAACAGCCGCCGGGUACUACUGCAAAUGAGCCGGCGGGUUCUCACAAACAAAAUCAUACUCAUGAGCACCGCACUCGUGCUCAGUCUCACGCUACUGCUACUUCUGUUUAUUAAACUCAAAGGGAAAUAGGAUGCCAAAAAUUAAUUCACCCACGCAAAAAGACGAAGCUCGGAUGGGGUAAUUGACGACACUGCAACUCUCUCCAGAAAUUUGUUUCGUGAAAUGCAGCUGCGUGUUAGAGUAGCUGUGUUUUCGUUUUGUUAGUCAUAGGAGAAGGACGCUCGAAACGAG